AUGCCUUCACUGCCGGCUCCUCCCCCGCCUGUAUUACACCCCUCGAGCAGUAGAACCAUCAGGCUCCAAAGCCAACCCGCCAGAGUGAAUAUGACGGUAUUUCUGGAGGACGAGAAAGCUGAGAAGAGUACCGCUGACGACCUACCUGUCGUUGUUACGUCUAGCUAUGGGACGGCGGUGAAUAGGCCACGUCAUCCACCAGCAUCAACCCCAACGCCCGCCAUCUACCGCUUCACGCCUUGGACGGGCACCUCAAUGCUCAUUCUGCCACCUCAAGACGAACCGAAUCAGCAGCCACUGUAUAGGAUAACGGUCGAGCUGGAUCUGAAUCCUUUCCUUCCCGUCAGCACGGUCACACGAAUAGAGAGAGUGGGCGGGCGCCCGAGCCCAGGGUCUGAAGGAGCCGGUGUGGUGGCGGAAUUCUCAAUGUCGAUGAACAGGAAACGCGGAACGCUCACAAUGCCUUCGACCGGCAUCUCCACGCGUCUUUCGAAGGUUAUCCGGUCGGUUGGGUCUGGGUCUGGGAAGGUGUUUGAGUGGACGUUCAGAGAUGUAGUUCUGAAGUGGGACUGUACGGAGGUUCUCCAGGAUGGGAGUGGGAUGCUGGUCUGUUAUCGAGUCCUUGCUAAUUCGGCCAGCACAGGUCCGGGUGGGAUACCCCUGCGGCAAGAGAUACAGAUCGCGACAUUCGUCACACCUCCGCUCGAUGGCUCUCCGCCUCUACCGGAUGCGACGCUCACGGUGUUUCCGCAGGGACAUGCAGUGAUGGACCAGUUGGUUCUUAGCGGGCUGGUGGCAGUGAGGAUUCUGGUCAGAUGA